AUGGCUAUCCUUGUCAAGCCAAAACUUUUUCAACCACAUUCCGUAUCGGGCUCGAACAAACGAAAAGGUUUCGGCGCACCGCAACUGUCUGGCAACCCAAGAACUCCACACGAUGACGUUCUCAAGAAGGAGGAAGAUGCUGAAGAAGUAUUGCAAUACGGAGGCGGAAAACUAUGGUGGAGAUAA